AUGAGCAAAUUGUUUGGUGCAGCAACUCAGUUGUAUGAUGAUUGGUCGAUUGUGGAAUCGUGCUUACAAAAGCAUGACAUUUCGUGCAAACUGGUUGCGGCCGAGUUUUACAUAACAGUGUCUGUAACCACAAAGGCCGGGGAAUCAAAGAUUUUGGACGUUCUUAAACUUUUGUCAGUUGGUAUUCCACCUUCUAAGGCAAUACAAGUGCUGGAAGGCAGUAUGUACUAUGACUUCAUCCGGACAGGGUCUCAGUAUGGCGGGUUUUGCUUAAAAUAUGGGAUCACCAAGGAGCAAUUUGAUCAAGUGGUUUGGCCACGAGUUGAACACGGUUUAGAGUUUAACUCCCAGUGGUGCAGGAAAUGGCAAGAGUCAUGAACUGUGAUGUCAGGACUAGUCCAAAUCUUAUUACUGUCUGCGGUCCGCAUGAACAAAUGGAUGAAUUCAGCAAGUUUGUGCAAUGUUGCUUUGAUUGGAGGCGUCAACCGACUUGUGCAAUGGGAGUGUAGACGUAAACCCCCGCAGCUCAAGUCAUGAUGAGGAUGUUCAGGUCAAUUUUGAGAUGGGCUGAUGAAGAAUCAUGAGACCGUUAAAGUUUCAGACGUUCAGUGUAAUAUAUGGGUGUGUCUGAUGUCAUUCGAAUUCAGGAACUAAUGGACUACUGUACUU